GACACGGUUCGGGAUGGAGCUGAGCCCCGGGGUGCAGAAGAUGUCGCUGAGCCAGCCGCAGUCAGGAAGAGGUGUGCCUUGUUUACGCUGCAGAGGGAUGUGCACGGGCUUUGAGCCACAUUCUUGGAGGAAGAUCUGUAAGUCAUGCAAGUGCAGCCAGGAGGAUCACAGCCUGAGCUCGGAGGUGGAGGACGAUCGGAAGAUUGGGCGCUUGCUCUCAGACUCCAAGUACGCCACACUCACUGCCCGCGUGAAGGGAGGUGAUGGCAUCCGCAUCUACAAAAGGAACCACAUGACCAUCACCAACCCCAUUGUCUCCCGGAAAGACCCCACCUUUGACACCAUCACAUAUGAGUGGGCUCCACCAGGGCUCAACCAGAAGCUGGCCAUGCAGUACAUGGAGCUGAUCCCAAAGGAGUUGCAGCCGGUGGCAGGAACGGAGGGAGCCUACUACCGUCGUCGGCAGCUGAUGCGACAGCUCCCACUGUAUGACCAGGACCCGUCCCAGUGCCGCGGCCUCGCCGAGGACGAGCUGAAGCUGAUGGAAGACUUUGUGAAGAAGUACAAAGCCGAAGCACUGGGCGUUGGGGAGGUGGCUCUGCCAGGCCAAGGCGGUGCAGGGAAGGAGGAGGGGAAGCAGCAGGACAAGAGCAUAGAAGCCAGCAAACCCUCUGAGUCCACCAAUGGGGCCCUGGAGAACGUGCCUGCAGGAGGGCAGUAUCACUGCGAGACCUGCAAGCAGGCAUUGCCCGAGGACUACCCGGUGGUGUACGCUGACAGGGCGGGCUACUCCCGGCAGUGGCACCCGGCGUGCUUUGUGUGCUGCCGGUGCUCCGAGCCCCUCGUCGACCUCAUCUACUUCUGGAAGAGCGGGGCCGCCUGGUGCGGGCGCCACUACUGUGAGAGCCUCCGGCCGCGCUGUGCUGGCUGCGAUGAGAUCAUCUUCUCGGAAGACUACCAGCAGGCAGAAGGCAUGGCCUGGCACAAGAAUCACUUUGCCUGCCUGGAGUGUGAGACUCUGCUGAGCGGCAAACCCUUCACUCUGGACAACACCAGCCUCCUGUGCACGACCUGCAGCAAAAGCAAACACCUCUGAGCAGGGAGCAGCCUGGGGCAAAGUGGGUUCCCUGAGCUCCCAGAACUGGGGUUAUUUGACAAGUACAUGAGAAGGGAAAGGUUAAAAUACAAUUAAGAGCCUGGCUAUUCAUUUGCAAGCAACUAAGUGCUCCCUUGCAUCCAAUACAGCUUGCAGGAGAUUAUUUCCUUGGGGAAGAAGCAAGAGAAACUCAUAUGCUUGUGAAUGGGAGGUACAUGGUGUAUCUGACUAGGAGGGACUGAAAGGAGGUUCUGUGUUGUGCUGUUCUUUUUAUAAAGUCUUUCCAAGCUUCUUUUGAUUAUGAUCUUGCAAUAGGCUUUUGGAAAUAACACAUGUCAGGAGUGUUUAGUGGCAUACUAAACCUAUGGCCGCGGUCAAAACCAAGGGUUAUUCAUAUUUUUGGAAAUCCAUACUGGAAGCUUAGACUAACAGGCUGCUGACAGCUGUACUAAAGCCAUGGGUUUGAAGAAUUUGAUUAGCCUGGGUGAUUACUUUCUGAAAGCAAAUUAUAUAAAAUUGCAGCAACAUGUAGCUGUAGCUUUCUCCUCCUUAGUGUACUAUAAUGCAUACAUAACAAGUUGGCACACAGAGAGACUGGUUUAACCCUGGGGAGAUGGGAAGGGUGCAGCUCUGCCCCAGGACGCUGAGUGCUCGUUGCUUGUGAGCUUUAGUCCUGAAAUGGGAAUGCAAAACCAGGCUCCCCAGCCUCUUGCCUGCCUCCAACCGCUGUUACUGCAGGCAAGUGUGUUUCCACAGAGCAGCAUUGUGUUCUACUGCAGUGCUGGACAUUGUUAAGCACUUAAAGUGUGGGCCUUUAUUUUGGCUGGGUUUGACCAGGAAUUUUGUAGAAAGCAGCUUUUCAGCCUAAGCUGUCUGGGGGGUUGUGCCUGAAAUGCUGCAGUGCCAAGAUUUUCCUGUAAUGUUAAUGACCCCCUCCAAAGACCAGGGAACUGUAACUUCCCCUUGGAGCUGGCACCACCCUUGACCUGGGCUUUACCCUGCUCCUUGUCCCGCAGCUCUCCCAUCCCUAGGGAAGGUCCCUGUGACCUCCUGGAUCUGACAGGGAUGACACUAUCCCAGGAUCUGGCACUGAGUCUCUGCCAUUAGUAUUUGUUCCCUACAUCAAGCAAUGCUUCUGGUAGUCACUGAAAAUCUCAGCUAGUCCAGGCUGGCAGAUGUCUGUGUGCUCAGUCUUUUUUCCUAUAUUAAAUGUACAUUAUUUGCCAGAGAACAGGAAUAGUUUUUGCAGAGGUGAAUGUGCAAGGAGCUUGCAGCUGCUGGGUUUUCUUUCUGCUUACAGAAGAUGCUGGUUUCUCUUUAAACCAUGCUCCAUGCUGUGGAUGUUUUCUUACUUAUGAUAAAAUAACUUGCAAAUGAGAGUUGGGGGGAACUGUACUUGCUGCAGGGUUGGGGCAUUUGAGCUGUGGGCCAGCUUGUGCCCCUCUGCCACAUGUGUUGGGGGUAUAAAGACAUAUCUGCAUGUAGGGCACAGUGCUGCUUAAGUCUUGCUCAGCCCUAUGCUGCUGCAUGGUUGAUAUCCCUGGAAAUGCUGGGGUGUUUAAAGGGGGUAAAUGAAAUGGAAUAGAAACAUCCUGAGGUGGCAGCUGCAGCCAUAGCUGUGGGGUGAUGGAUGUGUGUUGCAGUGUGACACGAUGCCUAUGCUCUUGGGGUCCUUUGUCCAUCUUGGGUUAGUGAAUGGAUGUGCUGAGUGCCAGGGUUGGAUGCUUCCAGUCAAGAGAGGAUGUACAGACCUCGAGCAAUGCUAGGAAUAAUAAAGCUCCCUUGGAUCAGCCUUGGGUACAGGCUCUUUGGUUGUAAGCAAAGUGGGAAUGAAAAAUAAAGCCCAGUGCUUAUUAGCUU